AACUGUAUCUGUGGUACUUCCUAAUGUCAUAAUCCAUCCAAUUCAUUUUCAUUUUAGGCUGAUUCUAAAUAAAAACAACAGUUUAGUAAAUACCUUAAUCAAGAUUUCAAGUGUUUGUCCCUCAAUCUAUCACUAUAAAUUUAAGUUCUACAAAUAAGUAAUCGCAUCAUGCAUGUUUGAUACGUUUUGGCUUUCUUUCACAUAAUUCACAAGGUUAACUUCUCCGUAAAUGGAAUGGAACUUUGAAGACAACAAGUAAUCAUGGGUACAAUUAGAAGAUCAUGGAAACUACAAGAAUUUGUCGCCCACAAGGCGAAUGUCAACUGUUUGGCCAUGGGACACAAAUCCAAUCAAGUCCUUGCCACUGGUGGCGAUGACAAGAAAGUAAAUCUUUGGGCCAUUGGCAGGCAAAGCUGUUUGAUGAGUCUGAGUGGGCACACAACACCGGUGGAAUGUGUAUGUUUUGGCCACUCUGAAGAUUUAGUCUGUGCUGGCUCACAGACUGGGGCACUGAAAAUAUGGGACUUGGAGGCAGCAAAGCUACUCAGAACAUUUACAGGGCACAAAGGAGCAAUAAAAUGUAUGGAUUUCCAUCCAUAUGGGGAUUAUUUAACUACAGGGUCUUGUGAUAACAAUAUCAAACUGUGGGACACAAGGAAGAGGGGCUGUAUUGUGACAUAUUCUAGUCACAGACUUGCUGUUAACAGUUUGCAGUUUAGUCCGGAUGGACAAUGGAUUGCUUCAGCAUGUGAAGAUGGCAUUGUAAAAGUGUGGGAUGUAAGAGUGGGUAAGGUCCUGCAGGAGUUCAGGGAGCACACGGCGGCUGUGACUUGCGUGAAGUUCCACCCCCAUGAGUUCCUCCUGGCCAGCUGCAGUAUGGACAAGACCGUCAACUUCUGGGACAUGGAGAAAUUUCUGUUGGUCUCUAAGUUUGAAAAGGAGAAUACAUCUAUUAGGUCUAUGGUGUUCAGCGAGGAUGGCACAACUCUUUUGGGAUGUGGCAAUGAUGGUUUACAUGUCAUUGGCUGGGAGCCUGCUCGAGUGUUUGACACUGUACACGGCUGUAACUGGGGUCAAAUACAUGACAUCACAGUUGCUCAUACACAACUCAUUGCUGGAUCCUUCCAUUCCACCUACGUGUGUUUGUCAGUGGUUGAUCUCAACAAGGUCCAUCCCUUUGGUGGACCGCCGCCAGUGGCACCACCUCCCAUACAAGAUCUGUCACCCUUCCAAAAAGGGCAGUCUGUUAGAAAAAGUUUCUCAAAGGAAAAACCAUGUAAAGAAGUGAUCCACAAGUCCACCCCCCUGGACGAGAAGACCAUGGAGGAGUCGACGUCGGGCACGGAGGCGGACGAGGGCGGAGCCGUCAUCUCCAACAUCCGAGACUACACAGAAAUCUUCCGCCCUUCCCGGGCAUUGAAUCGUACGCCACCACCAGAAAAUAGUUUAUCCUCUGAAGACUACUCUUUGCCAGCCGAGGAGGGGCUGACCUUGGGCUUGGGCGCGGGCGGCGGGCUGUGCGCGUCGCUGCGCAACCUCAUGCUGGACGAGCUGCCGCGCCCCGCGCCGCAGCCCUCGCCGCCGCAGCGCCACCGCGCCGACUACUCGCGCAUACCCACCUCCACCACCAAACCCGACUCGCUCACCAGGUCGGCGGAGAACACUAAAGAGGAUAACACAUUCACAGCGCCGCCCAAGGCUACCGCUCGGGACUAUGUCAUGCCCCAGACUCACGCCGCCAACUCGCUUAACCGACAUAACUCAUGUAAAGAAUCUAAAUCUACUGACAUGUCAUCGGCAAACCUAUUAAGAUCCAGCAAUAGUGAAAUGUCAUUAGUUCCACCGUCACUAGGACCACGGUCACUUUCGUUUACCAGGACUUCUUCAGAAACAACAAGACGACGAGUAGACAAUAUAGUGCGGGAAACCGUGGCCGUGUCUCGGCCUACAGAUACGGAUGAGCCGGAGUUCGUGCCCUUCGCCACGGAUAGACCCGUCGGCUUGGACCUCGACGAGUUUUUACCAAAAGCGCUAGACGGCACGCGGCGCGGCGUGCGCGGCGGCCCCGAGCCCAGCGAGCAGGAGGUGCUCGGCGUCAUGAUGCGCGGACACGACUCCAUGAUGGCCGUGCUCUGCGCCCGCCAGCGCUCGCUGCAGAUAUUCCAUUCAGUUCGGAUCAAUAAAAAUUUGAAAUCCGCCUUAGAAUCAGUAAUAGCACUGGAGGACACAUCAGUCAUUUUAGAUAUUUUGAACGUCAUGGCGAAUAAACCGUCACUCUGGAAUUUAGAUAUUUGCCUUUUAAUGCUUCCUAAAAUAUACGAAUUACUACAGAGCAAAUAUGAAUCGUACAUGCAAUGCGGCUGCAACGCCCUCCGGCUGAUCGUGCGCAACUUCUCGUCCGUGGUGCGCGCGAACGUGUCGGCGCCGGUGCGCACGCUCGGCGUGGACAUCCCGCGCGAGGAGCGCUACGCCAAGUGCGUGCAGAUCCACCGUCUGCUGGUCGACGUGCGCGCCUUCCUGCUCAAGCGGCAGACGCUGCAGGGCCGCCUCGGGGCCGCCUUCCGCGACCUGCACACGCUCAUGCAGCAGGGGCUCGACUGACCGACGCCGACGAGAUGACGUUAUACACAUAACAUAGACGACACCUGGCAGGCACGCAUGGUUGCGUGAUUAAUGGUAAAACAUCAGCAAGGCAAGUAUGGUCGCGCGAUAAAUGAUAAAACAUCUGGCCGUCCCUAUUGCACUUACAAAUAAUGCGAUAGGGACGGCCUGAUGUUUUAUCAUUUAUCGCCCGACUAUGCUUGCCUGCCAGGCCGUUCCUAUCGCACUAUUUGUAAAUGCGAUAGGGACGGCCUGAUUUCUUAUCAUUUAUCGCGCGACCAUGCUUAUAUGCCUGUAAUAGGUACAGUUAAGGCAAUAAAUAUGCACACAAAGUGCUAAAAAUAUGUAUAUAUGACCUUAUUCCGACACAUUGUGAUACGUGCAUUCAUAUUUUGGCACUUUGUCCAUGUCCAUCAUAUUUAAUAUCUGACUGUCCACCUACAUGGUUGGGCAUAAAGGGAGGUUUAGACUAGCGAGAAUUAUGACAUCUAAUCAAGUUUUGAAUUAAGUGUUCGUUAACAGUCGCCAAUGUGACGUAUACGUGCAAGUUCUUGCUCUUCUAAAGCUCACUUAACGUGAGUAUAGGUGUAGUGCAUAAUAGUUGUCAUUGUAUUUUCUCAGUAACUCUACUCUUCUGUGAACGUCAGUACUGUUCGUACCAAUACUGACUAUAAUAGCAUGCCAAGAUUGUGCAUAUCCAUGAAAAUAUUAUGGAAAAACAAUAUGAACUACACUAUAACUUUAUUUAUUUCUAUACAUAGAUACGAUGCAUUUUGAAGUGACCUUCUAAUUAAGUAUUAAAUUUAUA